CUGUGUGUGCAAUAGCGAUAGUAAUAAAGUUAUUAUUAAAUUUCACUAAUUGUACUACGUCGGCGCUUUGGAGAAAACGAUUUCUCGAUAAUCGUGAACCUUCCAGACCAACCAGUAGGCCUGCUAUCUAUCGACGAUGAGUCCGCUAAUGUACAAGGCGUCCUCGCUUUGCCAUUUCCGUCCAGGGUUCAAUUUGGUAGUUCGCUUGUUUUCAGUAUCUAUUUAUCACAACACACGAUUGGCGGAGGUAGGCAGACUAGAGCUACCAAAGGCGCAAGGCAAAUACGAAACGGGUCAGCUAUUCCUACACCGAGUAUUUGGGUAUCGCGGUGUGAUACUGUUCCCAUGGCUUGCCCGAGUGUAUGACCGUGAUCUGCCGAAUCAGUCCAAAGGAAACCAGCUGGAAACUGUUGCUUCGGAGUCGACCGAAGGCGGUGCAGCUGGCAAUGCGAGCAAAGAAGUUCAGAAGAAAACGCACACGUUCUAUCAAGUGUUGAUCGAUCAGCGGGAUUGUCCGUACAUACGAGCGCAAACGGAAGCGGUAACAUUCUUGGGGAAUCAAGAAUCAAGCCGGAGUUUAUACGCAAUUCCUGGUCUGGAUUACGUGGCGCACGAAGACAUACUACCAUACAGCUCUGGGGAACAGCAUCCUUUGCAUCACGAAUUGUUCGACAAGUUCUUAGCCAAUCAGCCAGACAAAGAUCCACCGUUUGUAGCGCAGGAAACACUACGAGCCUGGCAGAAGAAGAAUCAUCCGUGGUUGGAACUGUCCGACGUGCAUAAGGAAACGACAGAAGGUAUUCGCGUAACAGUCAUACCGUUCUACAUGGGCUGCAGAGAAACUCCGGCGGCUUCCGUUUACUGGUGGCGCUACUGUAUUCGAUUAGAAAACCUAGGCGAGCUAAGCGUACAGCUAAGGGAAAGACACUGGAGAAUAUUUUCACUUUCCGGUACACUCGAAACAGUUCGCGGACGAGGUGUAGUCGGUCAGGAACCCAUCCUAAGUCCGCGUCUUCCCGCUUUCCAGUACAGCUCGCACGUUAGCUUGCAGGCACCCAGCGGUCAUAUGUGGGGUACGUUUCGUAUGGAGCGCGAGGAUGGUCACAUGUUCGAUUGCCGUAUUCCACCGUUCUCGCUCGAAAGUAAACCAGAUGAUAACAGCGGCAAUGGCAGUAUCGACGACACGAGUUCAACCCUUGGUGUAUCCUCGAAACAACCGUCUUCCGGGACAGGUCCGAGCGGGGGCAAUGAAACUGUAUCCUCAUCCACUACGGCAACAACAACGACAUCCACGAAACCAAACACUAAAAAUAACAAAAACGAUGGAGAUGACAAUGUUUGAUCAUUGGCAGAAAAUAAUGGUUUGAUUUUUGGCAAUAUCAAACAGUUUUGGAGCCAUAAACGGAAGACGCACGCUCAGUCAGAACUCAUGUAAAUAAUCCUAAAUCGUUAAAUUUAUUAAACUUGAAGAAGAAUAUAAACGUAUCUUAGGACAACACGC